UCUAGGAUGUGUGCCGGUCUUGUUUUUGAGGUGCCCCAGGAGGCAGUCUUUUAGGGCUGUGUGUGUCACAUGGCCCUCUUGUAACCUGUCCCCCAAGAGAUGGGAGGGGAGGGUGAGAUGUGAGCAGGGUGGGAUGAGCCAGUAAUGAGUGUGCGUGUGCAGAUCCGCUCUGUGUUUCACGGCCGGGGCCAUCCUUGCCUCCUCAGAGGCAAGUCUUUCCUGCAAAGGGGUGUCUGUUGCUUUUAGGGGUACCGGCAGCUGAGGAGUUGAAGAGGACACGGCCUGCCUGCUCCCGCUCUGAUCCUCCCCCACCCAAUCCCACCCAGACUUUGUCAUUUCCAAAGCACCACAACCUGGGUCUUUGCAGCAAUCCCCUGCUGCCCGCACAUAGGCUACGGUUUCCCUCUUCCAUCGGAGCCCAUCUUGCUUCACGUCUACAAGGAUAGUGGUGGACCCCUGUGUGUGCCGUAGGUGUCAGGAGAAGGCGCAGGCAUGGCAGACAGUGCCAACCACUUGCCCUUCUUCUUUGGCAACAUCACCCGGGAGGAGGCUGAAGACUACCUGGUCCAGGGGGGCAUGAGCGACGGGCUCUACCUGCUUCGCCAGAGCCGCAACUACCUGGGUGGCUUCGCGCUGUCGGUAGCGUAUGACAGGAAGGCGCAUCACUACACCAUCGAGCGCGAGCUGAACGGGACCUAUGCCAUCUCGGGCGGCAGGACCCACGGCAGCCCGGCCGAGCUCUGCCACUACCACUCCCAGGAGCUGGACGGCCUCGUCUGCCUGCUCAAGAACCCUUUCAACCGGCCGCCAGGGGUGCAGCCCAAGACCGGCCCCUUUGAGGACCUGAAGGAGAACCUCAUCCGGGAAUACGUGAAACAGACAUGGAACCUCCAGGGUCAAGCCCUGGAGCAGGCAAUUAUCAGCCAGAAACCUCAGCUGGAGAAGCUGAUUGCCACCACAGCCCAUGAAAAAAUGCCCUGGUUCCACGGAAAAAUCUCUCGGGAUGAAUCUGAGCAGACUGUCCUGAUAGGAUCAAAGACAAAUGGGAAGUUUUUGAUCAGGGCCAGGGACAACGGGUCUUAUGCCCUGUGCCUGCUGCACGAGGGGAAGGUGCUGCACUACCGCAUCGAUAAGGACAAAACUGGGAAGCUUUCCAUCCCCGGCGGGAAGAACUUCGACACCCUCUGGCAGCUCGUGGAACAUUAUUCUUAUAAAUCAGAUGGUUUGUUAAGAGUUCUUACAGUUCCGUGUCAAAAAAUUGGUGGGCAAACGGGAAAUGAUAGUUUUCGUCCACAACUUCCAAGUGCUCAUCCUGCGACUUGGUCAGCGGGUGGAAUAAUCUCAAGAAUCAAAUCAUACUCCUUCCCAAAGCCUGGCCACAGAAAGGCCUCCUCGCCCCAAGGGAACCGGCCAGAGAGUUUGGUGUCGUACAACCCUUAUGAGUCAGACCGAGGGCCCUGGGCCAACGAAAGAGAAGCCCAGAGAGAGGCCUUACCCAUGGACACCGAGGUCUAUGAAAGCCCCUACGCAGACCCCGAGGAGAUCAGACCCAAGGAGGUCUACCUGGACCGGAAGCUGCUGACCCUGGAGGACAAGGAACUGGGCUCUGGGAACUUCGGGACUGUGAAGAAGGGGUACUACCAGAUGAAAAAAGUUGUGAAAACAGUGGCUGUGAAAAUCCUGAAAAAUGAGGCCAAUGAUCCCGCUCUUAAAGAUGAGUUAUUAGCAGAAGCAAACGUCAUGCAACAGCUGGACAACCCUUACAUAGUUCGCAUGAUUGGAAUAUGUGAAGCCGAGUCCUGGAUGCUGGUUAUGGAGAUGGCUGAACUUGGUCCACUCAACAAAUAUUUACAGCAGAACAGGCAUGUCAAGGACAAGAACAUCAUAGAGCUGGUUCAUCAGGUGUCUAUGGGAAUGAAAUACUUGGAAGAGUGCAAUUUUGUGCACAGAGAUCUGGCUGCAAGGAAUGUAUUGUUGGUUACUCAACAUUAUGCCAAGAUCAGUGACUUUGGACUCUCCAAAGCACUCCGUGCCGAUGAAAACUACUAUAAGGCCCAGACCCACGGGAAGUGGCCCGUGAAAUGGUACGCUCCGGAAUGCAUCAACUACUACAAGUUCUCCAGCAAGAGCGACGUCUGGAGCUUCGGAGUGUUGAUGUGGGAAGCGUUUUCCUAUGGACAGAAGCCGUAUCGGGGGAUGAAAGGAAGCGAAGUUUCUGCUAUGCUGGAGAAAGGAGAGAGGAUGGGGUGCCCCCCGGGGUGUCCGAGAGAGAUGUAUGAGCUGAUGACGCUGUGCUGGACCUAUGACGUGGAGAACAGGCCUGGAUUUGUAGCGGUGGAGCUGCGGCUGCGCAAUUACUACUACGAUGUGGUUAAUUAACGUCUCCCACGCCCGUCCGUGGCUGCCUUUGAGCAGAUGAGCAGUCGCAGGAAGACCAUUCCAGUGCCUUGAUUUUGAGUCUCCAUCUCCCUCUGCCCAUCAGGAGAGCCAGCUCAGGUGGAGCAUAUCCGUGACUGUUGGUCCCCAAAGCCUGUCCCCGAACAAGCCUUCCACAGAGCAGACGCCUCCCGGAGGAGGCCCGGCUGGAUGGAUGGACACCAGGAUUGCAGGACCUGUGGAUUCAUGUUUCUUGUCUGGGUGGCAGGUUAUUUGCAGGAUCGGUUUCCAAAUUCCUUUCUGUCUUUCCAGUUCUGGGGCUGUGGGCCGCACUGGAAUCACCAUAGGGGGUUAAGCGCCCAUUAGCUGCUCUUUCGGUGGCCAGAGGGUGCCACUGGCCGGUGAUGCCUGCGAGUAGGGAAGGAAGGAAGAGACGGGCUUUGGCUGCCACUGGAACGUGGCUCUUACAGGUCCCAAGACUGAGUCCUGCCACUGGAAAGCUUUCCCCAAUAAAAGUGCUUUGAGGCUUAAAAAAAAAAAAAAAAAAAAUCAAGCUGGACCAGUGCAGUUUCUAAGCCAGUAGCUCAGUUAAGGGAAAAAAAAAAAAAAAAAAAAGUAUGGAUGCUGCUUUUGCUCUAUGUGUUCUGAGGCAGAAGACUCGCGUCUACAUUAAAAAAAAAAAAUUUGAGCUGUUGACGUGUUGACAAUAAUUGUCAUGGCUUACUUCCCCCCAUCCCAAAGCCUCUCUCUUGCAGACUCUGAAAACUGUACUUGGCUAGAGACUAAUAAAGUUCUCCAUGGAGACCCGGUA